AUGAGUUCCCCUCUCAAAAAGGCACAGUCACCAGCACCCGAGGCAAAGUCACCAAAGGGAAAGGAGAAGUCGCCCACACCUGGUCCCGCGUCACCAGCGGGAAAGAAGUCGCCCACACCCGCGAAUCUCCUGCACGUACAGGAGGUGGAUGAGGACAAUGAAUCGACCCUAGGAAGUGACGCCGGAAGUUCGACCGCCUCGAUCUCUUCCAGCAUUUUGCAGUACCGUAAUGUCCUGGGACGAACCUACCAUAGCGAUUCUGUGACUGACACGGAGUAUUGGGGCCCUAAUGAUGCCAAGGCAAAUGAGAUGUUGGAUAUCUUCCACGCGGCCAUGGUUAUGUUGUUCGAUGGAAAGCUGUAUACGUCCCCGCUCAAUGAGAAGGAGAUUAAGAACGCUAUUGAUAUCGGUACCGGCACUGGUAAGCUGAUCAACCUGGACCGCCAUCUCUCCCCUUUACUCAACUUUACUGACCAUCUUUACGUGCAGGAUGACUUUGCGGACGAUCAUCCCAAUUGCAACGUAAUUGGCACCGACAUUUCCCCUAUUCAACCUACCUGGUUACCUCCAAACGCCUGCUUCGAGAUCAAUGACGCAACUAAGGAGUGGACCUAUCAAGAGAACUACUUCGACUUCAUUCAUCUUCGCUGGCUUACCGGCAUCAUCAAGGAUUGGAAUGCCCUAUAUAAGGAGGCGUAUAGGUGUGCGAAACCCGGUGCUUGGAUUGAACAACUUGACGGCGAUGCUGAAUUGUAUUGCUUUGAUGGAACGAUGCCUAAUAAUUCCGCUAUGGCCCAAUGGGUUGGGCGGAAGACCGGGCUCGAGGUCAACGUGGUUUCUUCAGACACGAUGGAAAAAGGAAUGAAGAACGCUGGGUUUACCAACAUUACAUCCGAGGAAUACUAUCUUCCCGCCUCGCCCUGGUCCGAUGACGAGAAGAUGAAGCAGCUGGGUCUCUACUACUCUGCGGCGCUGACACAUGACAUUGAGGGCUUCCUUGUCUAUUUCAUGCCCAACUACCUGGGGUGGACCCCGAAGGAAAUCGCAAACUACGCCGCUACUAUUCGCCGAGAGUUUAGGGAAGCCAAGAUUCAUGCUAAUAUGAGGUGGCGUAUGGUGAGGGCGCAAAAGCCGCUGGAUGCUUAA